CAAUUACUUUUUGUGAGAUCUUAUUCAUACAUUUUAAAUAAAAUAUGGGUUUUAAACAGCGGGAAAAAAGAAACAUUCUUCCAAACUUUCGAUUUUGGUGGUUUUGGAAUUACAUCAAGGUUUUUCAUGGUCAUGGUCAUUGCGUGACUACACAUAGGCUAUAAUAUGCUGAAAAUUAAAAGGAGCAUAUCUGUGAUACACGUUAAAACAAUGUACUGGCUAUUGGUGAUUUUAACGGCAGUAGGGUGUGCGCCCGUCGUAAAAGACCCCGUGGACAUCGUGUUGCAUGCAAAGAACAGUGACUUUGUGUCGUAUAAUGUUGAACAAGCUGAGAACAGUGAAAGUGAAUUAAGCACAGAAGAUAAUUUGGAGAGAAUUAUUGAGCUGCUAAAAGAGACCACCGGGAAUUAUGAGACUGUUGAAGAUUCAAACCAUGAAAGACAGAAGAAUGGUGGUUAUACCAUAUAUGGUGAAUUGUUGGAUAUUUUUGAAAACUACCAGGUAAUAAAAGAAAAAGAACAAAACGAGGCAUUUGACAGUGCAGAAGUACAAGCUAUCAAUGACGAACUGCUCGAUAUAUUAGGUGAAAUAACAACAGAUUCCAAAGCAGAUGUUUUGGACGCAUUGUAUGACUUUAUAGACGACAAUAUUGGAAACAUUCUGCAAGAGUUAAUUACAAAACUGGAAAACGAGGCCAUUGAAAGUCCGAAACCAACCAAACCUUCUUGGGAUGUUAAAGGCUGGACAAACCAGCACGUAUCUGACGCUAUAUCCGCGCAUUAUGAUAUCAUAAAAGGGGACAAUCGCCCGAUCCCUUCCGAAGAUGAUAGCAGGAAUCGGCGGAUAGAACAUGAUGCAGCCAAAGAAGCGCCACUCAUGGACGUGAAGGUCAACGUGAAAACCGAUGACUUUACUUCGCAAAACUACAAUCUUAAAGUGUUAUACGAAAAGCACGGCGGUGUCUGCACGCUUAUCAGGGGAUACAGCAAUAAUCCAAUAUACGUCAUUUCUAAGUGCCCCCUUGGAACACCUCAUUCUGUUGUCCGCGAACUGUGUGAAAGCGCUGCUCCUCUACCCAUCCAGAUUGACUCUAACAAUGCAAUUGACAUCACAAAGACACCAGUACAAGAUGUCGAAGGUUUUGUGUACCGUAACCUGUAUUGCGCGCAGUGCAACAGUGUAAAUGACAUGCAGGCGUGGAUAACUAAAGUCGAUUGUGAAAACCAACACUCGUUGUCAAUAUCGGAUGGAACAAAUAAAGUUACGGUUUUAGAGCAUGUUAAAGAUUCUACAGAAGUAUGUCAUAGACGCUUAACACCAGCUAUAAAGAAAAUGAUACAUGAAUGUGGACAGUUGGACGUUGUUACCUCUCUCAAUCAGUGGUAUCAUCAGCCCCGAGUAAGUGAUGGGGCAAAAUCGGAUGUGUCACCUUUUCCAUUGUCAUUUUCCAUAUUGAUGAACUUCGGUUUUGACGGAAAAACUCACAUUCUGUUCUCAACAACAAGUUCACAGUCUCAGACAUAUUCAUACCAGUGUGGCCAAAAUGAAAAGUACGAUCCGCUACAUGACAAAUGCAGACCGAUUGUGUGUAGUCAAGGAUAUAAACUAGUCGAUGGUACUUGUCAGAAAAUGAUGAAUUAUGAAGUUGAUACGAAUCCAGAUGAUUUAUCAGGCCUGGUAGACAUCGAUGAACCAGUUCAAGUAACGCUUACAAUAAGAAACAUAACGUUUGGUGAUCUAAUAAUGCUAAAUAUGACUGGCAUUGAAGACAUACUCUGUGCAACACUAGCAAGUCAAUUCAACAUCAGUCUUGAACGAAUACAGAACCUUACUGUUAGUUUAUUAAAUUCCUCAGAUUUGGGUAAUAGGACUGGAAACAGCAUUAUUGAAAUCAGUCGCUUUACAACACCGCUGCCAGUAAAAAUGUUAAUGAAACAUUAUCCCAGUAAAAAGGUUGACAAUAUUAAAACGAUAACAAAAACCGUUUACCAUGGCAGGCCUCCGUCAAAUAAAUAUAAUCAGAGUCAACCGUUUGUUGUGUACGCCAGUGAAAAUGCCUCUGAAGACACUUCUGGUGAAUCAAAUGAAGGCAAAAAAAUUAAAUUUAAAGUUUUAAAAAAUGAAGUACCGAAAAAGGAAAAUUAUGAACACAAUAAUGAUGAUGACAGUGAUGAAAAUAAAGACGACAAUGCUCCAGAGACAACGGUUAAAUGGAACUCGCCCAUUGGGCGUUCUUUAAAGAUUGGUUUUAUUCUUAAACCAGCUCACACAAGCAAAGAUGCAGUGGAAAAAUCAGUGAUUACUGUCGUACAAAAUAUGAAUGAUCUCUUGCAAAGCAACUCCUUUAUGCUUACAAUAAACGGGACGGAUUAUCAAGUUGGGGACUUUGAAAAUGCUCCUAUCGACCUAUUUUGCCAAAAAGGAUCCCAUCCAUUUAUUACAGAUACAGAUUUUUAUCUUAAAACAGUUUAUGACCCGAGGGUUGACCAGAAUGUCACUGUUAUAAAAGUCAACGCGACAGGGAAGACAUAUUACCCAGGAGAGUAUGAUUUGACUCUUAACAUCGAUGGGAGUGUUGGGGUUUUAGAAGAGACGAUUGUCACCAGUUUUGCUUUUGUGUGCGACAUGCCUAAAAUUGUUGAUGAUAUAUGUGGAAGAAUCGCUCUAAACAGGAAUGAGUACGAACUCUUUAAAAAUAUGUCGAUCAAGUUUGCUGAACAUUUGUAUGACACAACCCAAUACGAGUAUGACAAUGAGACAUCAGGCACUGUUACGAUAUGUUCACCUGAUUGGCUUAGAACAGAGGCAGUUCAUGAGGAAAAUACAGUCACAAUGGCUUGCGGUGAUGGAUUGAUAAAACUAGUUAUUGCAGAGAGUUAUCUUACUUUCAUAUUAGGAGUGAUCUCCCUAGUCUGCAUGUUGUCGGUCUUAGUCACAUACAGCAUCUUUGAAAAGUUGAGAAAUCUACCAGGAAUUAAUACAAUGAACUUGACACUAUCACUCUUUCUUGGGGAACUAUUGUUCAUUGUAUCAGGCUGGAUAAAGCCACACCAAGAAUGGCUCUGCUCAGUAUUUGGGGUUAUUCUUCACUUCUUCUUCUUGGCCUCAUUCUUUUGGAUGAAUGUCAUGUCGUACGACGUUUUCAAAACAUUUGCACACAAGUCCAUUCUGCGGAGAAUAAGAAACAAGAAGAAAUACGUGCCAAGGUACUCUCUCUAUGCCUGGGGAACACCGUUGGCCAUUGUGUCUCUCUGUUGUUUGUUUGACUUCGGUGAUAUAGUAGAUGGCAUUGACAUCGGUUAUGGCGGGAGUGGAAUUAAACUACCAGAUAGUUCUGACCUAUUUAAUGGUGAUAGCGGCGACCUAAAUUCAACCUUGACCAAUCCCGAUAAGCAUGGCUACAAUAUUGGUUGUUGGAUUCAAAGCCCAGUUGCCUCCAUGGCUGCUUUUGGUGGUCCUAUGCUGCUUGUCCUUAUAGGGAACACCUUUAUGUUCUCGCGAACUAUUCUCAGCAUUCGGGCAUGCACUAAGGCCACAAAAACGAGCAUCCGUAAAACUUCUUUGCAUCAGAUGUCCGGUAAACAAGACGUUAUGUUGUAUAUACGUAUGUCCACAGUCAUGGGAUUUACUUGGAUCUUUGGUUUGGCUUCAUCGUUUGUGAGCGCAUUUGCAGGGCCGGCAUCGGAGGCUAUAUGCAUUGUUCUACAUUUAUUGGGUAUUCUUUUUAUUGUGUUUAACUGUUCUCAAGGCAUCUUUAUUUUCUUCGCGUUCGUGUGCAACAGGCGUGUUCUAGCGUUGUACAAAGCCUUGUUUAAAAAGCGACAGGGUCGAGAUGACAGGUCUGUAUCUGUCUCAUCGAGUCGAAACACAUUGACUACAAACGUUAGUCAGACUUCGUUUGAACCGGCUACGAUAACACAUUUAUAAGUAGCUAGCUCCAAGUGUUGCAAUAUAACGGUGGUAGGGGAGAGCACUCUUGUGUAAUUCAAUGUGUUCAAACACGAGCUUGUGUUACGUGUUUAUAACUACACAAGGUCAUGGAUGUUUCAGUUAUGAAAUCCGUGUGUAAGUCUUCAUAUACUAGUAGUACGAGUAAUCGAAUUUUACAAAUAUAUUACUUAGAACAAACCUACAAUUUAGUGGUCGAUUAACAAAGAUAAAUUGGACUUCCGAGGGCCAUACAAAAAUACGUCGACUUUCUUUACAAUUUAUGAAGAUAUGACGUCUUGUCAUA